GUCAAAUUCUCCGUCAACGGGACAAUCGUACCCAAGCCGACCCAAGUGUCCCAAACUCGCAAUCUCCUGAUCACAGGGAGGACUUUAAUUGAAGCUGAGCCACGCACGCUGCAUUGGUUCAGCUUCGAGGUCGAUACCAAGGCGGACGAACCCGCGCGGUUCGGGAUCUUCGAUGCAUUCGCCACCGACGCCGACCGUGCUGAGCACCUCGCGGCCGGAUUUGCUCAAGCGGCUGUGGCGGCAACGGACCAGCUGUUUGAUCGCCCCCUUGAGAUUGAGAACGUGGGCCUGUUGGCUCAUAAGGUCGUGCCGGAUGGGAGUAAGGAAGAAGUAGGGGUGAAGUUUGGUGUGAGGGUAAAGUUCACUGUGAAGCCUGAACACGCUAGCGAAGCCAACGCUGUACUCAAUCGGCUCGCGAGCGACGUAGCUCGCGAAGAUGGCACGCCCUACUGGUUUGCCCUUGCUUGGCCAGACAAUAACACGUUCGGUAUUUUCGACGCGUUCUACGACGAGGCAGGCAGGCAGGCUCAUCUGUCGGGGGUCGGCGCGAAGACAUUCCUAGGCGCGAUCGAGGGCAUUGUGUCCAGCCCUCCCAGCCUCGAGCUUGUCGAGGUGCUAGCGAGGAAGAACCUUGUAUGA